AUGGUCCCGAUGACCCUCAGAAGCUACUGUGUUCCGGACUCUCCGCAAACGGUUGGCGAAAGCUCCUCACCCGUUGGCGAAGUCAAUGACUCCAUAGAUAUGAUUUCGAAAACCACGAAGGCCUUCGUGAAAAAAAUCCAAGAUCUACGACACCUUGGUGUAGAAAAUAACAAACUACCACUGCCUAAGAUCUGCGUCGUAGGAGAUCAAAGCACUGGAAAAAGCUCGCUGAUUGAAGGGAUGAGUGAGAUCAAAGUGCCCCGAAGCGCUGGCUGUUGCACCCGAUGCCCAUUGGAGAUCAAUCUAGCCGACUGCGAUCAACCAGAUCCAACUUGGACCUGCAAGAUAUUCCUUAUGAAGAAAUACAUCUACAGCAGCAAGGUUAUGAAACGCGGUAGAAAAGGCGGGGGUUUGGGCCCAUGGAUCGAGCAGGACCCGGAACACAUUCCUUUCAUCACAUUGACCGACAAAGCUGGCGUUCAAGAGGCGUUGAAAUGGGCGCAGUUGGCUACUUUGAACCCAUCUACCCCAUAUGAGGAGUACAUUCCGGGGCACAAUGUUGGAACAGAUGAGAGUACUCAGGUAAAGUUCUCACCAAAUGUGGUCCGUCUUGAUAUCUCUGCACCGCAUUUCCCAAACCUAUCAUUCUAUGAUCUCCCAGGUGUCAUCAAUGUCGCAGAAGUUGGUGGGGAAGAGUAUCUGGUGACUCUUGUUGAAAACCUUGUGAGGCAAUAUAUCUCAUCAAGUAACUGCACUGUUAUUUUGACGCUUCCAAUGACGGAUGAUGCCACAAACUCAAGUGCGGCUAGGAUUAUUAGAGAGGUUGGGGCAACUUCAAGAACACUGGGGGUUCUUACUAAACCGGACCGCAUUGGUUAUGGGGAGGGAUAUGACCAGUGGAUAGAGAUCCUGCGUGGUGACAAGUUCAUAGUUGGUCAUAGCUAUUAUGUCGUUCGAAACAAUCCAAAUCCCCAAGUCGAGUAUGCUCAAGCUCGUGAGGAGGAGGUUGAGUUUUUCAACACGGGCCCUUGGAAAAAUGAACUUUCUGCACAUAGUGAAAGAUUCGGCACCCGUAAUCUGCAGAUGGCCCUAUCAAAGCUGCUGAAGAAGCAAAUAGAACACAGUUUACCUGGGAUUAGAGAUCAGAUUGAGGUUCGAGCACAGGCAGUCGAAAAUGAGCUGAUGACUCUGCCUGAUCCGCCCUCUGCAAACAUUCAAUUCAUAUUGUCCGACAAAUUGAAUGACUUCAACAAUGUCAUAUGCAGUCAUAUGAAUGGUGGCUCCGUGGGAUUGGAUUUCCCUCUGCAAAAGCAGUGGAUGAAGAUUGCGGCAGAUUUCCAGCAGAGCCUAUUAAUAACUCGACCAACAAUGAAGAUAGGAGCGGUCGUGGAGAAAUAUCCCUCCAGGAGAGUACCAAAUCAACACUGUAAUACAUCGAUCAGCUUUGACGAUGGGGAUUGCGAGAUUACGGAGAGCCGCCCUUCACCCAAUAAACGCAAAGCGGGCACGUUAGAACCCGAUCCCGGUGUCAAACGACAGAUGAAGUCACCACUGCUGCAAAACUCCUCAGCUUCUAAUCAGAAUGGGUAUUUGACUAGACGCUUUGACCGAUUUACAAGACCUGUCAAAAUAUUUAGCCUCGAAGAUAUCAGAGAAAUUAGUAGCAACACUUAUGCCUCGGGGGUGCCUGGACUUGCGAACCCGCUCGCAGUGGAAACAAUGAACAAGCUCAGCGUUAAGCAUUGGGAUCAACCAAUGGAAGAGUUCCUAGCCGCCACCUACACCUUAAUGGAAGGGUUUCUUAUGGAGAACCUAGACGUGGUCUUUUCCUCAUACCAACGCACAGCACUCUAUGGAGAGUUAAAGGGUAUUAUUUUGAAUUUUCUACAGGUAUUGAAGGAGCCGCACCUCCGCCACACUAGUGAAUGCUACCAAAUCGAGUGCACGAAGCCAUUCACGAUGGCCAGUGAAACAUUUCAGCGAGCUCAGAAGGAUGCCUUCGAUUUCCUGAAGGCAAAAAGACAGGAAUGUCGGGCAGCUCAGUUUGUUAAUUCGGGGGGUGUAGCACUGAAUGGAAGAAGAGUUGAGCCAGAUAAGCUCACCGAUGCAGAUAUGGGGGAAGAUGAGUUUACCAGAGAGAUUGAGAUUAUGGCUGCCUCCAGGGCGUACUACGAGGUGGCAAGUUCUCGUUUCGUCGAUACUCUUUGCCAGAGCGUUCACUCGAAGCUAUUCAUUAAGUUCGACAAGGAACUCCGUUCUGUCAUCCUCAAAGAACUUGGAAUUUUGAAUGAUAACGCGUCCGAACGCUGCCUCGAACUCAUGGUCGAAGAUCCUGAACGGCAAAUGCGCCGACGUGAUUUGAAAAAGGAGCAAGACAAACUUAAAAAGGCGAUGGAGUCGUUGAGGAUUAUCGAGGACGAUGCUGGGAUGCGUGAUUUUGUUAUGCUCAACGCCGACCAAGUCUGA